AUUGGUGGGUGUAGCACACGGUCUUGUGGUGUAAUAACUCCCGACACGAACUAUUGUCAAAAUGUACACUACACGCUGAGAACAGGUUUUGGUGCUCACCGCUGCUCCGUUUUUGACAUGUUUUCGGCUGUUUUAUAACCUGGAUGCGGUGUCUCAAUAGUUGAUCGGCGACGGGCAUAAUCUCAAGGUCGCUGUCUCUUCGCAAAAGAGAAGCACAGUAUUCUCGACGCCGAGAGGGUCUGCGAAUUGUGUGGCUAUUCCCCAGGAACAUCUGUCACCCACACUUCGAGGAUGGCAAAUUAGUGGAGGAAUAACUGUUAAUCUCAGGAGAGAUGAGCGGCUCCCGUCUCGGUAGGGGUCGUGGAGGGCGCCUGGCCAUUUACGGUGGAUGUCUAGUGGUGAUGGUAUUAAUUGUAUUUCUUUAUCGAGCUGCGACAACGGAAAUGACGAGAUUACGAGACUUACACGUUCAAUGUGCCCAUCAGCAAGAAGCAUUGGCAGCACAGCUCCAAGUAAUUUUUGAAUACAAAGUUCGUUUGGAGAAGUCCCUCGCGGAGGAGAAAAACUCGAAUGCCUUAGCUAAACAAGAGCUCCAGCAACGUGCCACUAGGGAAAAAUCCCUGCGAGAUAAGGACAGUGUUGAGGCUCUGCAGAGGUUCAACUCUCUCCAGCAGCAGCACAAACUGCUGCAGUCCGAGCAGCAGGACUUGAAGGACGAGUGCGCCAAGAGGGAAAAGCUGGCGUUGGAGAAUGCCAAACAGCUGGAGUCCACGCUGCAGGACCUUCGCAGCCAAAUUCGAGUGAAAAAUAAGGACAAUGGGGAUAAGGAGAAGUUGAUUGAGAGCCUGAAGAAUAAAUAUUUCAAGCUCGACACUGAGAGGAAAGAAAUUGAGAACAAAUACAACGAGCUGAUUAAAAAUGAUAACGACAGAGAUAAAACUAUUGCUCAUCUCAAUAAAGAGGUCUUUCAGCUCAAGCGAGAAUUGGAUGGAAUAAAGCCAUCUUGCAAAACAACAUCUUCAGACCCUAGUUUAUUAUAUCCACGUGCGUAUCAAUUGAACAUGCAACAAAGUGUAGCACCCAAAAUAGCCUCGUCUCGGUCGCAGGAUAGUUCGACAACGAGUCUAUCAAAGCAAAGCAUAGAAAGUUCAACCAGAUCGAUAAAAAAAUUCGAGCCAUCGUCAACGGAAAGACCCCAACUAGUUAAUUUCCCCGCUGCCCCAAUGAAACAAGUGUCGCGACUUAAAUUGCCCAUGGGUGUAGUCCCCAUUCCCAAAAUGCUGGAGGAGAAGAGAACGAAACAGGAGAGACUGAGCUCAGCUGAGAAUAAAAACCCCCAAGUUAACGAGCACGCGUCAAAACUGGAGAAUACCGACGACAAAUUGCGGAAGCAAAAAGCCCAGAAACUCUUGGAUAACAAUUUGCAUGACGAAGUGGGACGGAAUGAUGAUGGGCACGCUGGUGAGCAGCACGAUUUCAACCAGAAAGAUAAUGCGCCGUGGGUGCUGCGGGUGAAGCCGGGCUUCCAGGAAAUUGGCGAGCUAAAUCGUGACGAGAAAAUUUCUGAGUUGGACGACGGACGACUUCAAGAUGUUGAAGAGCAGGAUGAUGAUUAUCGAGAGCCACCGCUGGGGGAGGAAGAGCAGGAUGAGGACGAUCAAAUAGAGGACGAUCAGAUAAAGUAAUUAAUAGCGUAGAAUUCAUCAUUGGCUCUCCAAAAUUGUGACACAGUCAAUGUAAAUCUCGAACUAUCACACAUUCAUAAAUCGUAUUUUUCCAUAGACCUGGGGACGACUGACAAACUGUUUGCGAGGGAACCGAGUGACACUUAGACAUGUCCCAAUAAUGUAUUUCUGUUGAAGGAAGUGCUGGUGGGAUUCCCUUAUUUUCAUUGCCAUUAUCAUGAUUUCAGGUGGAGAAGAAUUCCCGGGUGAACAAUUGCAAGACUGUUCUAAUAUUUCGAAUUAUCUGUACAAAACAUUCGGUUCUGUUUCAACGUCGAUUGCGUAAUUGUAUGCGUUAUGGAUGGAGUAAUGCGCGUAAUUAAUUCACUCUAGAUUAAACGGACUUAUUAAUCUCGAGGUUUAUAUGUUUUUAACAGUAAAAUAGCGAAAUGUAAAUAAAUGACACUGGAGUUUUAAUAAAUGAGGUUGUUGGUGGCUA